AUGGCCACCACCACUUCCAACCCCAGCACUACCGUCAGCACAGUUACUACUGUCAUUGAGGUCAAGGACCUUGGUGACGGCAAGUAUGAGCUGAACGAGAUCCAGUCUGACCCCUUUGUUCCCCCUGAGGUCCACAGCAACAACCGCAAGCAGGUUGAUGUCCCACUCCCUGUCCCCGGCCUCGGUAUCACUGUCUACCUCGACAUCGACGACAAGGAAAUCGGCGCCUAUGCCACCAUGUUCGGCUCACAGAUUGGCAGCUCCUACAGGGCUGGCCUUGACUCGGGAAUCGAGAUUGGUAUCAACCUGUUCCUCGCCAAGGGCAGUGUCCGCGUUUUUACCAAGAGUAACCGAGUCAAGUUGGCUUACAGCCUUGAAGCUGGGGUUGGUCCUUUCUCCACCUCUCACAAUGACGAGCUCGAUUUGUUCGGCUUCUAA